UCCCGGCCUUGAGGUAAGUUGUUCUCUCCCCAGCACGGGUCUGUCACUCUCUCCCCUGUCUCUGUCUUCGCCCUCCGCCUGCAGGGCCCCAGAAAGCGAAUCCACUAACUGCCUGGCUGGACCGCGCCCAUCCCAGCCCUGGCUCCCCUGACCGCGUCUCGCUCCGGAACCGCGCACAGCCGUGGCUUCCGUGACCUCGUCCCGCUCCAGAGCCGCGUACGGCCCUGGCUCUCAUGACCAGGUCCCGCUCCGGAGCCGCGCACACCCCUGAUUCUCGUGACCUCGUCCUGCUCCGGAACCGCGCACACCCCUUCCUCCCGUGACGGCGUCCGACUCUGGAACAGCGCACACCCCUGGCUCAUGACCUCGUCCGGCUCCGGAACCGCGCACACCGCUGCCUCCCGAGACCUCGUCCCACUCCGGAACCGCGCACACCCCUGCCUCCCAUGACCGCAUCCCGCUCCGGAACCGCCCACACUCCUGGCUCUCGUGACAGCGUCCCGCUCCGGAACCGCGCACACUCCGGGCUCCCGUGACCUCGUCCCACUGCCGGUCUGGGCAGCAGCAGAAGACGGCGCAGCAAGGGAAGGCAGGCGCAGGAUCAAGCUGGAAGUCGAUCACCAGGGCCUCUCUGGGAAGGAAACGGCUGGGGGAAGAGGAGCGCAGAGGCCCCGCUGAGGCGGGUGUGGUCGCCGCGCUCUGAUAGACGCUGUGGCCUCGGGUGCUUCACGUGGCCCCUCUGGCGUUGGUUUCUCGGGUGAAAUGCGGCCCUUGCUGACUAAAGUGGCGUGAGAAACUGGUGUAGGUUAAAAGAGCGCCUAGCACAUCUUGAGCGCUCACUUUGUAGGCGUCUUUGUCACUAGUUAUAAACACUCUCAACAUUACAGGGGGGAGGUGCAAGCCGUGCGUAGGGAACGGUAAUGCAGCAUCGUAGGCAUUUGGUAGGUGUUACUUAUCACCGUCUGAUUAUGAGUAGCUGAGGAGGAUAGUCGCCACUAAUAACAAUCUAACAGUAACAAAGUAUCUGUAAUAUUUUGUUACAUAAGUAAUGUUAUACGUUAUAAUUCAUAUACAGUGUAUAUUGUUAUAUGUAUCACAUAUCAUGGUUGUUAAAUACAUACUACGUUAUAGUUAUUGUUUGCAAUACAAUACAAUUGAGUGUAUAGGGUAGAUGCAGAGAGGUCUGAAUGCCACCCUCACUGUGCCGCUUCCUGGGGCGGGGGGGGGGGGGUGGGGAUCUUUUGCCAAGUCACUCAACCAUGUGGUGGUGCCUCAGCUUUCUUACCUACGCGGUGGGGACAUCAAUAAUAGUACCCACUUGGGGAAGACCUGGCGAUGACUCAAUGCCAUUGGCACAGAGAAGGCGCGUGGUCACUACCAUUAGCAGGGCACCAUGCUUUCCGGAAAAGUCUGCAUUCGCCUCUCACAGGCCACGUGCUUUGUGUCCCUACAAGCCACUCUGUGCCCCAGGACUUUGAUCUGGUUCCUUUUUUCCUUCUCCCUCCCCUGGUCUGCUUGGUGUGCCUCCCAACUAGGACAUCCAGGCCUGCUUAGCCACAUGGAAGACUGAGCCUGUGCACUCCACCCAGGCUGGCAGUCGGCCAGGGAAUGUGAGGAAAAACCACCACAAAGAUGUGCUUCCAAGAAUGCCGAUCUGUGUACCAGCUGCAAUAUAUGUCCUGGCCAGACAGAGGAGUCACUAGCCUCAUGUGCUCACCAUGGCGGAGGAAGCCCAUCACCUCCAGGGAUAUGGCCCCAGGCCCGUCUGUGUCCACUGCAGGUUGUGGGUGAACAGGUGUCCCGUGCACUGUGGAUUAAACAGGUGCUCUUGACCCAGCCUCUUCAGCGUGGUCCUGGAGAUGAGAAAGCAGCGGCCUGUAGCUGUGCAGACAAAGGAGCAUCUCGGCGCCCGGGUCCCCGGCUCCCGCUAUGGCCGACACGGACACGUACGCGGUGGUGCAGAAGCGCAGGGCGCCCCCGGGACCCGAGGCGGGGGCGCGGGGGCGCGGCGCGGAGGAGGCGCCGCUCUACAGCCAGGGGCUGCCGCGCGCCCGGAGGCCGCAGGCGCGCGCAGAGGAGGCGCAGGGGGCGCCGCCCGGGCGCGUUCUGGCUGACCAAAGCCCCGCUGGGCCUGACGCCUACGAGGACGUGGUGGAUGGAGCUCAGACCGGUGGGCUAGGGACAGCUGCCCUCUGUCACCGCAGUGGGGCCCUCUGCUACCUCCUGUGCCUCAUUGCCUGCCUGCCAGGCCAGGACUCCAUGGCUGGGAGCUGCCUGCAGUGCUCCAAGGACUUUCACUACCAUGGUGGCAGGACAGCUCAGCAGCCGUGCCUCACCAGAAUCUGCAGCCGGCUCCCAAGACUCAGAGAAAGCAAAGACUACCAGUGUUACCUGCCCAGGCAAGAGCCAAAAGCAAAGCGCACUGCCCAUGUCUUCUGCCCUCUGGGCUACUUCUUCAUAGACAGAGUCCUUAGCUGCCAGCCUCGCCCCACAGGGCACUGGCCAAAGGACAGCAGUGGAAGAGGAAUGGAGGGAGAGCCCCUGCACCUGCGGGCAGAAGGCCACUUCUGCCCAGAUGGUGCCAUCACCAUGCCAUGCCUGGCCAGGACCUUUGAAAGCAGGAGGGAGACACCCCACCCCAACACCAGCUUCUGCUCAGCAGUUCUCAGCCAGUGUCUGCAGUGCCCAGCGGGAUACUUCUGCCCCAACCGAGCCACCCAACCCAUCCCAUGCCAGCCAGGCACAUUUAGCCCGAAUCCAGGCCAGGAUGAAACCACAGACUGUGUUCCAUGCCCAGCAGGCAAGGCCUGUACCCAGGCUGGGCUGACUCAGCCAGAUGCAGAGUGCACACCGGGGUAUGUGUGCCCUGUGGGCUCUUCCAGCCCCAAUGCUCCCACCCAUGCCUGCCCACCCGGGACAUUUAGCAGCCGCAACAACCUCUCUGACCUGUCACAGUGUGAGGUCUGCCCCUCGGGAGUAGCCUGUCCUAGGGGAACUGGAAGUCCAAACUGGCCCCCUAUCCCCUGUCCAGCUGGCCAUUAUUGCCCUCUGGGCACCAAACGGCCGACCCAGUUCCAGUGUCCCCCAGGCACCUGGAGUAACCAGACUGGACUAACAGCAGUCGAGGAGUGUGUACCUUGUCCCAGGGGCUGGUUCUGUGUCACUGGAGCCCAGCUUCCCUCAGGGACAUGCAAAGCUGGGCAUUACUGCCCACAAGGUACAAUGUGGAGCACCCAGUUCCCUUGCCCAGCAGGCACCUACAGCUCUCAAGCAGGCAACAACCAGAUGGAAGACUGUCUGCCAUGUCCCCCAGGGGCCUUCUGCCCCAGUGGUGCCCCCAAGCCCGUGCUCUGCCCACGGGGAACCUCCCACCAGAGUCUGGGUGCAAGGCUGGCUGUGGCCUGUGUGCUUUGCCCUGCAGGUCACCACUGCCCUGAGCCAGGCACUGCUACCCCACAGCCCUGUGGUGCUGGAAGCUUCUCUGGUCCAGGCCAUCUCUGGUGCCAAAAGUGCUCAGGAGGAAAGCUCUGCAAUCAGACAAAACUGGCCCGCCCCAUAGCAUGUCCACCUGGGCACUACUGCCCAGCCCCAGGCCUGCUGACCAUCCCUUGUCCCAUGGGCACUUUCCGAGAGGCCCCUGGGGCAGCACGUGUGGAAGACUGCCAGCUGUGCCGCCCUGGGGCCUUCUGUGGCAGAACAGGCCUGACUGAGCCCCAGGGGCUAUGCAGUCCUGGGCACCACUGUGGGCCUGGUUCCAACACCUCCUCUCCGGAGGGACUCCCCUUUGGUGACCUCUGCCCUGCUGGCCAUUUCUGCCCUGCUGGCACCAAGGAUGCCAGGCAGAGGCCCUGCCCAGUUGGCACCUGGAAUGCAGAGAGAGGGGCACAGGAUGUGAGCUGGUGCCUGCCCUGCCCACCUGGGUUUUUCUGUGCUGCAGCAGGCCAGGCUGCCCCCAGGGGCCUGUGUGCACCAGGAUAUUACUGCCCAGGAGGGGCAUGGACCCCGACACCUCUCAGUGGCCCAUGGGGAGAUGGUGGCUCUGUGGGCCACAUCUGCCCUGAAAGCUCACAGGUGGCCACAUCCCAGACAGAUGGGCAUCACAGCAAUGGCUCAGGCCAAGAGAGCCACCAGGAGAGGACCUGCCCUCCCAGUCAUUACUGUCCCCAGGGCACUGGCCACAUCCCCUUUCCUUGCCCUCAGGACAUGUCCAGUCCAUGGAAGGGCCAAAGCCCAGCCCAGAGCUGUUGGCUAUGUUUUGCAGGAGCUGAAGUCACCCAACCUGACGGAGGCAUCCAUGCCAUGGCAGGGGGCCCCUGCCCUCCAGGCCACUUCUGUCCAGUGGGCACAGCAGUGCCCCUGCCUUGCCCUGUGGGUACCUUCUCAGAUCGGAUGUUUCUCACCAUGGCAUCGGAGUGCCUGUCCUGCCCCUUUGGCCAUUUCUGUGGUGCAUCUGGCCUCACUGCCCCCUCUGGACCCUGUUCACCUGGAUACUUCUGUAUGGAAGGAGUCUCCUCCCCAACCCCAGCAGGCCACGCAGAGCACGGGGGGCCCUGUCCCCAAGGCCACUUCUGCCCCAGUGGGACCAGCCUUCCCCAUCCUUGCCCUGCUGGCUCCUACAGCAACCUGACUGGCCAAGCAUCCUGCUUCCCCUGCCCUGCUGGCUAUUACUGCCCUGAGAACAUCACCACUUACAGCGGGCACCCCUGCCCCACUGGCUUCUACUGCCCCAGAGGCACCAAAUAUGCCACCCAGUUCCCCUGCCCUCGGGGCUACUACAACCCAGACCCAAUGACCCAGAGCCUGGACAGCUGCCUGCCUUGUCCCCCAGGCCACUACUGUGGGCAGGAGAAUCUGACCCAGGCCUCUGGACCAUGUGAUGCAGGCUGGUUCUGCGUCUCAGCAGCCUGGACCGCCCGCCCCUUUGACCUGGACAACUACACCAGCACCAAUUGCCUGUGUCCAGCCACGGCCACAGGGGGAAAGUGUCCAGCUGGAUCCUUCUGCCCUGAGGGCAGCUCAGAACCCAUGCCCUGCCCACCAGGCUCUUUCUGUGCCACCUCUGGCCUGUCCACACCCAGUGGGCCCUGCCAGGCUGGCUACUUCUGUGCCAAAGGAGCAGUGUCCCCAGCUCCAGAGGAUGGGCUGACAGGGGCCCCCUGUCCCCCAGGAACCUUCUGCCCUGCAGCAUCACACAGGCCAACACCAUGUCCCGCUGGCACCUUCUCCGGCCUCGCAGAGCAGACCAUGCCCUCUGCAUGCCAGACCUGCCCACGAAGCUUCUACUGCAAGGAGGCUGGUCUACAGGCCCCCAGUGGGCCUUGCCCAGCAGGUUAUUACUGCGACUCUAGUGCUGGGCCCAUCAAGGACUUCAGCCUAUAUCCUUGUCCUCAAGGCUAUUACUGCCCCCUGGGCACAGCCAUGGCCACACACCACAGGUGCCCAGUAGGUACAUACGGCCCUCGGAGAGGGCUAAGGAGCAUCGCUGAAUGCCAGCUGUGCCCUGCUGGGAAAUUCUGUGAACUGGCAGGGCUCGCGGCACCAACAGGAGACUGUGCUGCAGGGCACUGGUGCAAGGGAGGAGCCACUAGCAAGGACCCCACGGAUGGGGCACGGGGACUCCUCUGCCCUGCUGGGCACUACUGCCUUGAGGGAGCUCCUGUCCCCACUCAAUGCCCACCUGGUACCUGGUCUGAGGAAGGGAACAAAACCCCAGAAGGAUGUCAAGAUUGCUCUGGAGGGAGACUCUGCUCUAGAGGCCACCUGACAAUCUGGCCAGCACCUUGCCACCUAGGUGUUUCCUGCACUGGAGGAACUGCCCCUGCCACCCCCAUGGAGGGCCUCUCUGGGAGAUCCUGCCCCCCUGGGCACGUCUGUCCUCUGGGAAUGGUUGACCCCACUUCGUGUCCUCCUGGCUCCUACACCCCUGGCACCCACACAACAAAAUGUUACAUCUGUCCCAGUGGCCACUACUGUGUUCCAGGGCUGAGGCCUCAGCUGUGUCCAAGAGGUUUCUACUGCCCUGAAGGGACAGGGCUUGACUGGCAGCCCUGCCCUCCAGGCACCUAUGGCCCUGUGCAGGGACUGAGCAGCCUGCCAGAAUGUCAAGCCUGUGAUAGGGGCAGGUUCUGCCCAAGUGCCAAUGCUACGGAGGCUGGUGGACAGUGCUGGGAAGGCUUCUUCUGCUCCAGAGGGUCCACCCGGCCCAACCCAGAGGCCGACACUGAAGAGGAGGCUGGCCCAUGUCCUCAGGGACACUACUGCCCCAGGGGUUCAGCCAUACCCCAGCCCUGCCCACCUGGCACCUUCAGCACACAGAUCAAGCUCAGCUCAGAGGCUGCCUGCUCCCCGUGCCCGCCUGGCUACUACUGCGGCUCUGCAGGCCUCACCAGCCCUUCUGGGCCCUGCAGCACAGGCUUCUUCUGCCGCCAUGGAGCCAUCGUACCCAAUGGCUCCCUGGAAGACGGGACUGGUGGCCCUUGCCCUGCAGGGCACUUUUGCCCCCCAGGCACUGUUACCCCGAGGCCAUGCCCAGCAGGCACCUACAACAGCCUGGCCUUGCAGGGCCACUGUGAGUCUUGUCCUGAGGGUUUCUUCUGCCCGGCAAACACCUCCUCGGUGGUGGGAAACAAGUGUCCAGCUGGCCAUUACUGCCCUGCUUCCACAUCCUUUGCUUCUCAAUUCCCCUGCCCCAGGGGCACCUACAAGCCACAGAGAGGGGGUGCCCAGCAGUCAGACUGCACACCCUGUGAACCAGGUUCCUACUGCCUCCUACCUGGGCUAGUGGCCAUGUCUGGGCCUUGUAGUGCAGGGUUCCACUGUACUCAGGCAGCGGCUGUCCCAAAUCCCACUGAUGGGAUCACAGGAGACCUCUGUCCACCAGGCCACUUUUGUCCCAAGGGUAGCCCCAAGCCCACUCCAUGCCCCCCAGGCUCUCUCCUGCCCAUCCCUGGGGCCAGGUCACGGGAGGACUGCCAGCCGUGCCCAGCUGGCUGGUUCUGCUCCAGAGCCGGCCUGAGCUUCCCAGAGGCCCCAUGCGAAGGAGGCUGGUUCUGCCCCAGGGCCUCUGUCUCUGGGCAUAGUCCAGGCACUCUCUGCCCCACUGGGCACUCAUGCCCCCCAGGCAGCCUGGAGCCCCAGCUCUGCCCCCCAGGGCAGUAUCAGGAUGAACCUGGACAGAGUCUCUGCAAGACAUGCCCUGCUGGAAAGUUCUGUUCCUUUGGGAUUCAGAGGCCAGGCGCCAGGCCUAUUUGGCCAAUGGACUGUCCUGCUGGCUACUAUUGCCCUUUGGGUACCUGGACCCCCACCCAGCACCCAUGUCCAAGAGGAACCUUCCGAGAGUGGCCUGGUGCACGCAGUGCUACGGAUUGUAGACCUUGUCCUGCAGGACAAUUCUGUUCAGAUUCAGGAUCCGGGAAACCCUUCCCAGAUGGGCCAUGCUCAGCAGGUUAUUACUGUCCUCCUGGCCAGACCUCAGCCACCCCUACAUCUUUCCGGUGUCCCCGUGGCUUCUACUGUCCAGAGGGAUCUCCCCAGCCAAGGGCCUGUGAGAAUGGAACAUUCCAGCCCCAGGAGGCCAAGGGGUCUUGUGAGCCCUGCCCUGCAGGAUUCUACUGUGAAGCAUCAGGCACAGGUCUCACAGCCGGUGGCCCCAGCCUGUGCCUCCAGGGCUACUUCUGUCCCCCUGGCUCCCACUCAGCCACUGCCCACCCAUGCCCUCGGGGGACAUUCGGGCCCAAGCGAGGGGCCAGUGCAGAACUGGACUGUGAGCUGUGCCCAGCAGGGAUGUUCUGCUCAUCAGAAGGGCUGUCCCAGCCAUCAGGGCUCUGCCACUCAGCCCACUACUGCACAGGAGGUGCGGUGUCUCCCACCCCCCUCAAACACAAGGUGGAGGCCCCAGGACUUUCUGGGAAUGAUAUCUGCCCUCCCGGCUUCUUCUGCCCCAGGGGAACAGGCUCCCCAAUGCCAUGCCUGCCUGGGUCUUACUCCUCUGCCCCAGGCCUGGCCAGCGAGGACCAGUGCCAGCCGUGUCCUCCAGGGCACUACUGCAGCAACCCUGGGCUCUCCCAUGUCCCAGAGGCAGAACUCUGCGAUGCAGGGUAUAUCUGCCUGGGAGGCAGUGCUGUGCCCUCACCUUCUGAUGGAACCCACGGAUACAGAUGUCCUCCUGGCUUCCACUGUCCCUCAGGGGCUCACAGGGAGCAGCCCUGUGAACCUGGCACCUUCAGCCCAUUGCCUGGGGCUGACACCUGCCUGCCUUGCCCAGGAGGCACCUACUGCCAAAAUGUUGCUACCGUGGAGCCCACCACCUGCCCCAAAGGUCACUAUUGCCCAGGAGGGACACCCUCUGCUCUUCCCUGCCCGGAGGGAACCCUGAACCUACGGGAAGGUGCUCUCUCCUCCAGGGCCUGUCAGCCCUGUCCUGCAGGAAGAUACUGCCCUGGUGAGGGCAACGGGCAGACUGAGGGACCCUGCUCAGCUGGUUACUACUGUGAGGGGGGAGCUUCCAGCCCCACUCCCCAGAGAAACUCUGCCUUCCCCCUCAAUGGACCCUGUCCCCGAGGCCACUACUGCCCCCAGGGGACUCUGUACCCUGUGCCUUGCCCGAUGGGGACAACAAGGAGGAGCCCAGGUGGCACCUCCGAGGGGAGCUGCAGGCCCUGCCCAGCUGGCUCCUUCUGCCCUGGCCUGGGCCUUAGCUCUCCUAUCAGCUCCUGUGUGGGUGGCUCUGAAUGCCCCUGGGACCUCAGGACCUCCAGCCCCAUGGCCGUCCUCUGUCCUCAGGGUCACUUCUGCCAACCAGGGUCUGCUUGGCCUGUCCUGUGCCACCAAGGGGAGUACCAGCCAUCCCUAGGUUCAGACUCCUGCCUCCUGUGCCCACCUGGCUUUCACUGCCCGCAUCCCGGCACCAGAAUGCCCAGGCUCUGCCCAGCACAUGCCUACUGCCCAGCCGGAACGUGGUCCCCUCUUCCAUGUCCUCCAGGGACCUUCACUCCCCAAGAUGCAUCAGGCCUCCGGGAAGAGGGUGACUGCUCCGUCUGUCCCCCCGGUAACUACUGCAGAGGUGGACAGGUGUGGGGGAAAUGUCCUGCUGGUUAUUACUGCCCCCCUGGGGCCUCCGAACUGAUAACACAAGGUCCCAGGGAGUCUCAGACCUCGUGUCCCCAAGGACAGCUGUGUGCCAAGCAGUGCCCACCAGGUUUUUACUGCCCAGAGGGCAGUGGAGAACCCACCUUGUGUCCACCUCACACCAUGGCGGCUGCCCCCGGAGCCAAGCAGCGAGAGGAAUGUGGGCCUUGCCCUGCUGGGCGCUGGUGCAAAGCUGGGGACCUGGCCACCCACCCCUGCCCUGCCGGCCACUACUGCCCUGGAGGGAGUGAGACCAGCCCAGGAACCCCUCAGGCCUGCCCUGAACACACCUAUCUGCCUGCAGAAGGAGGCCAGAGUCUGGCAGAGUGCCUCCCCUGCCCUCCUGGAUACCUCUGUGUAUCCCCAGGUCUCUCCUCCCUUGAAAGCCACCUUUGUCCUCCAGGCUACUGGUGUCCAGGUGAUCAGGGUGCCUUUCUCUGCCCACCUGGCACCUUUCGGACAAAACCAGGGGCAUCAUCAAAAGAAGACUGUGAGCUCUGUCCCCCUGGCCACUACUGCCCCCAGGCCGAGCUGAGGGAUCAUGCAAAUGUGUUUGUGAUCCCCUGCAGAGCUGGAUUUGAAUGCCCUGCAGGUGCUGUGGCUGAGGUCACUUGUAGGGCUGGCUCUUACUGCGAGACCCAGACAGGGAUCCCCCCACUUUGUCCUGGGGGCUAUGCCUGCCCUGCUGGCUCCUCCACCUACACUGGCCCAGGGCAGCUCUGUUUGUUUCCCUAUUACUGUCCCCUGGGCAGUGCCCAUCCACGCGAGUGCCCUGGGGGCUCCGAGGCACUGAACAGGAGUGGCCUCAGGGUCUCAGAGGAGACUUGCUGCCACCUCUGUGAAGCAGGCACCUACCGCAGCCUGGCUCUGGAUGCCCAAGCCUGCCAGCCCUGCCCCCCUGGAUUCAGCUGCCACCAGGGAACAGAGAGUUACCAGAGCCAGCCCUGCCCAGUGGGGCAUUACUGUCCAGCCAAGACUCACAGCCCCAGGCCCUGCCCCGCAGGAACCUUUGGAAACAGCAGCCAGGCAGGGGCAGUUGGAGAGUGCCUGCCAUGCCCCGCAGGCACCUUCAGUGCCCAUCCUGGCCAGGCCGGCUGCCUCCCCUGUGGGAGCUCUUCUUUCUCUCCACCUGGUGCCUCCCACUGCACGUGUCGGGGCCUUAACAGGGUCUUCCAGAAGUCAGAUGGUUCCUGCAUCUGCCAGGCAGGACAUGAGUCCUACAGCAGGAGGGGCCUGGAAAGUGAGGAGAGCGACAGUGAUGAGGACUGUCAGCCCCAGGGGGUUCCAGAGCCAGGACUCUUCUCCCACAUCCUCCUUCAGGUCGCUGAGCGCUGCUCAGCUGGAGAAGUACGUCUGGCUGCCACCCGCAAGUGUGUGUCCCCCCAGCUGCACAACUGCUCCUCUUUCUGCCACCCAGUGGAUGGGAAGCUCAGCGCUGAACUGGGCAUCUGCCAGUGCCAGGAAUAUGUUUCAGCAGAAGAGCUCUGUGAUGCCCAGUGUCUGGCAAAGGCCCCCCAACUCUCCCUGGCCUGGGGUUCCAGCAGGGAGCUGGUCCUCAGCGUGAAGGGCGAGGCUGGAGACCAUGACCAGAGGGAAGUAUCAAGCACUCUGGGCCCAGACCAGUUCUUCCAAGAGAAUGCCAGGGUCCAUCUGGUCCAAUGUGGUCCCCGUGGCAUCUUUGGCUUUGUCAUCUCCAGAAUGGACAUGCUUGACUCUUUCCUCCUUGAACCACCUGUAUCCAGCCCUUGGCUACAAAGGUAUCAUCGGACUACAGGCCUGGAGUACUCUGUCCCUCAGGACGCUGGCAUCCAUCACCAUAUUCCAAACCCAGUGGUCUGCCUGGAAGAAGGGGACGUGAUUCUUUUCCAGCUUCACAUUCUUCCUCACAAUCGCUCAGCCAGUCACUACCCUGUGUACCAGAUGCAGCAUUUGUUCAACAGCAACCCCAACUGGGACUUUGGGGCCUUCAGGAGACUCAGCCACCUUGUGCGAGAGACUCACCUCAACUUUUCAAGGUUUGCCCACCAGUUCCUAGAUCCAGGCACAUAUGUGUUUCAAGACAACAGACUGCCUGAGAGCAUCAUCGUGGUGCUGGUGAAGAAGAAAGGAGUGGCCUGCAAUCCCAGCCUAUCCCCUGUGCAGCCCUCCUCCCCGUAUCAGCUUGCCAGGCAUGGGGUCCUCAGGCGCGAGCUGCUAAACCUGGGCCCAGACUGGACAGUGAUCACAGGAGUGCUGCUGGCUGUUGGCUUGGCAACUGUGCUGCUGACAGGCCUCGGCCUUGUGUUGAGGCCCUCCCUGGCUCAGGCCUGCCCUGUAAGGGCUUGGAGGCCCCAGUGGAGGGGCCUUGGGGAGUCUCAUGUGCCUGCUGAGUAUGUGCCCCUCAGGGACAGCCUUCUGUCCUAUGAAGAACUCAGUCCGUGGGGCUCUAGGGAAGGAGCUGAUUCCAAGGAGAAAGUCAUUACCUGGAGUACAGGAGAACCACUCCCCUUGAAGACCCUGGAAGACCUCAGUGUCCGCACUCUCUAUGACAAGCUGGAGGACCAGAGCCUACACGUGGCCGCCCAGCUGAGCAAGCACAGGAGCGAGGCACUGGCCUUCUAUAGGGGUGCCAGCCAGCAGCUCCAGGGGCUCAAGGACUUUCUCCAACACCUCAGCACAACUGAGUGGCAAGCUCUGGACAAGGGUGGAGACCCAGAGAUGGAGGCCACAGCUGCCACCAGGACAGACACUGAGCAGAGUGUGGAAUCAUGGGGCCACCACACUGCAAGUCUACCUAGGGAGCCCUGGCAGCAUCCUCUAGGCCGCACCCCCAGUGUCACACCCCUGGGCUUUCAGCUGGAACUUGACAGAGUGAUUGUGGCACUGGCAUCAGCACUUUCUCACGCACACGGGCAACCAGCUGGGGCCAACAGAAAGGCCUCUGUUCAGGUUGGUGAACAGCCUCUUCGCACCUACCAACAAAACCCUCAACUGGCAAGUAACAUGUCCCUGCAGCCACAGCCUCCACCACCGGAUGAGGAGAACCAAAGUACAAGCUCUCAGCAGGACCUGGGACCUGGACAGCUUCCCCAGUGUGCUGCCAAAGGAGGAGGCACCGAGAGCCCAGGCUCUAGGUUGUGGAUCAUCGGGGCUGGACACAGGCAUGGAGCCUUUCCUGAGAUGCAGAGGAAGAUAUGGCAGGUGGAAAACACUUUGGAUGAGCUGAAUGAGGAGUUCUUCCAGCUCACUGCUCAAGCCCUAGAACUUCAGAAGGAAAAGGACAAACCAGGUCAACUUCCCCCAAGUGAAGGCAAUACAUUUGUGGAGGUUCCCAGCAUCUUCCCUUAUGUGUGGCAAGAAGACAGACCCUACCCACCAGAGGCAGGUGACCCAGAUGGAGAGAACCUGGGGACCUGGGCCCUGAAUAGAGAGGAGGCCCUGAUGCUGGGAGUGAGAAGAGCCCACCUGGCUCAGAGGAUUGAAGACCUGGAGUGGGAGCUGUCCCUGCUCCUCCAGGUGGCAGAUGGCAGUGUGUAUACAGGAGGGAGCAGGCCCAGCCUGGGGAGAUGCUGAGUCACACAGGAUGCUGCAGUGGCCAUCUGUAGGAGUGCCUUCUCCACGGAGAACACAACUGGGUUAAUCCAUUCACUCCUGGUAGGAAGGAGUGGGUGUCUCAGGGACCAACGGGGCCUGGAACAUGUGCUCAGUUUUAUGACAUGCUUCUUUUGGGCAACACCCAAAUUUCUUUCAGAGCCUGGACCUUGGCUUGUGCUGAUUUCUGUCUGCUAUCCUUUGGAGUGAGGGAAAAUAAAGUCAUACAAGUCAAGAAAAUUGACAUGUGUUCCCA